AUGCUGCUACGCUGGUUUGUAAGUUUCCACGGAGGUGAAACCAUCAUGGGCAUCUCUGGGCACCGUCCGGCUACAGUCAUGCCCCUAAGGGUCCCAGCCUCUGCCCGGGAGCCCUAUGCUGGGGCCUGUGGCAGCAGGGCCUCAACCACGUGGCUGUUCGUGGAAGCUGUGUGUGCUUGCCGAAGCCCAGUCUGUAGCACGGCCAGGCAGCAUCCUGACUCCCUUGUUAACUCGUCUGGCCACACUCCCGCAGCCAGCCGGGACCGUGCCUGUGGCCUCUUCAGGGGCCCCGGUGGGAGGCGGAUGGAGGACAGGAUGGUCUCAGCUGACGUGUGUGUGGGCACCGAGGGUACUCAGUCCCAGAUGCUCGGUGGCAUUCAGGUGGAAACACUCUUCCAGUGCCCGAGAGGCUGGAGCUGGCGGUACAGGUGUGGGUGGCUGUGGUACAGGCAGGCUGGCGACGGCCUGAGUGGACAGGGUUGCCGGGGAGAUGCCCCACAGGGAUGCCGGAACGUGUCGGGCAGAGGAGGGAAGAGCAAGGUUCUGGCACUGGCUCCGGAGAGGGCAGGCUGCAAGCCAACCCCUUGCCAGAACUGGAGCUUAGCAUCCGGGGGCUUCUGUUUUCACUGUACCAACUUUGACUCUUUUUUUCUAGUUGUGUAUGAACACAGAUCAAGAUUAGAGAAGUCCUUGCAGAAAGAACGACUCGAGCAUAAAAAGGCAAAGGAAGACUUUCUUGUUUAUAAGUUAGAAGCACAAGAAACACUAAAUAAAGGAAGGCAAGAUUCCAACAGCAGAUACAGUGCCUUGAAUGUCCAGCAUCAGAUGUUGAAAAGCCAGCACGAGGAGCUGAAGAAGCAGCACAGCGACUUGGAGGAGGAGCACCGCAGGCAGGGCGAGGACUUCAGCCGCACAUUCAGCGACCACAAGCAGAGGUUCCUGCAGCUCCAGCAAGAAAAGGAGCAGGAGCUUUCCAAGCUGAAAGAAACCGUGUACAAUUUGCGAGAAGAGAACAGGCAGCUCCGGAAAGCACACCAGGACAUCCACACACAGCUCCAAGAUGUCAAGCAGCAGCAUAAGAGUUUACUCUCCGAGCACGAGCAGCUUGUAGUGACCCUGGACGACCACAAGAGGGCGCUGGCUGCCGCACAGACGCAGGUCGCCGAGUACAAGCAGCUGAAGGACACCCUGCACAGGAUCCCCAGCUCCUCGUCGUCCACCGCAGUCGCCCUGCCCAGCCACCAGCAGAGCCCCGCCGCUUCCAUCCUGGCCCGCCCCAACCGCCUCUUGCCACCCCUUUCCCCUCGGCCACCCCGCUCUGCUCAGCGCGUCCCCAGACCCAGCCUAGGCUCCUGCGCAGAGACAUCCCCGCGUGGGCAACAAGCUCAUUAUGACGCCAUGGAUAAUGAUAUCGUUCAGGGGGCAGAGGACCAGGGUGUCCAGGAAGAGGAAGGUGCUUAUGAACGAGACAGCCAGCACCAAGAUGACGGAGAGGGAAACCCAGGUCACCGGCAUGAGUCUCGUGAACAAGGGCCCCGAGAAGCCGACCUGGAGCCUGAAGCCGAUAGGGCGGCCGUGGAGGAUAUAAACCCGGCAGAUGACCCCAACAACCAAGGUGAAGAUGAAUUUGAGGAAGCUGCGCAGGUGCGAGAGGAGAACUUGCCGGAUGGACACGGGGAGCCGAGGCAGACUCAGCAAAACCAGGAGGAGGCGGACAUGGAGGAGCACUUGGUGGUGGCAGGAAAUCCGGACCAGCAGGAGGACAACGCUGACGAGCAGUACCAGGAGGAGGGGGAGGAGGAGGUCCAGGAGGAUUUGACUGAGGAGAAGAAGAGGGAGCUGGAACGUGACGCCGAGGAGCCUUACGCAGACAAUGCCGAGAAUGCCGAGGGUAAGACCAACGAGGGCGAAGAGCAGGAAAUCCGCGAGGACAGCCGCCCCACUGGCCGCGAGGAGCACUAUGAGGAGGAGGACGAGGAGGACGACCGGGUGGCGGGUGCCAGGAAGCCCCGCGGAAAAGCCGAAAUGUCGGGGCGGGAAUGUUGGAUGAUGGGCCUCAACCCUCCACUUCUUCACCGGUGGACAGCAGUCCCAUUUCACAGACAACUGCUGUUUAGACAAGUGUCCAUCCAAGCCAAGAUCAGAGGCCUAGAGGAAAUCGCGCUGCGUUGCAAAGACAAGUGUGACUGGUUUAGUGCGGACGUCGGCACUCCAAGCCCGUGA